AUGUCGGACUCGGAAGCUCGACGUUCGCUAUCGCCACGAGCGCCCCCGCCGCCUCGUGCCCGACAAAACGGCUUAUACCAAGGCAAGUCCGGCUUGUGGUCAACCUCCAGGAGGUCCUUUUGUGGUCCCCCUCACCAUCGCCCGCUCCGCUCCGAGCACGACGCCCCCGACGGCAACGACGACGCCCACGCCACGACGCCUUCUCUACUAACGACCGUGACGCCAUUACGCCACUCCGCCCCGCCCCCCACCGUCCGAGCGCACCCGUCCCCGCUUGCACCUUGUCUUCUCGUUCCCUUUCUCGCCAUUUUCGCCUCAAUAUCCUCCGCUUUAUCGACCGUCAUGGGCAUGUUUACACGACAUCGGAACGGUCCGAGCGCUGUACCACAGACCCCGAAGAUGCCGAGCAUCGCGCUCCCUGAGAGCCCCGCCCAGUGGGCGUCGACGACCAGGGCGCGUCGGUCCUCAAGCAAUGCAGGACGCCCCGUUAUCCCUCCACGGCCUAUGCAAGCUCCUCAGAUGAGCAUGGAUGCCACUCGCGCGCAGGCGCCGAGUCGCCAGUCCACGAGGCCGCGGGCACAAUCAUUGCUUGCAGCAGUAGUGACUCCCAAGCCCUUGAAGCCCAUCUUGAAGAGUUCACGACGAGCGACGAUACCAGCAUCGUCGACGGCGGGGGGCUGGACCCCUUCUGCAACCACUCCAGUGGAGACGGUGACAACCUCGGGUCGUAACCAGAUAUACGGCCCGAAAGUGCGGGGGAAGACCUACUAUCCGGACGGGAGAGUGGCAGAUCACGACGGGAACGUCUACCCUGAAUAUCCAGGGGAUCCUAGGGUCACUACGGCAGACCGUGCGCGAUCUGUAGCGGGUCACAGGCCAUCUAGGAGCGAAGGGCGUACCGGUGGUCAGGACCGCCGUGCUGUGGAGCAGCGCGACGCGGGUUACACUUCUGAUAUGCACGACAGCGUAUCUCGUCGACCAAGGGGUCCGAACCUCGGUAUAGGGAGUUUGUCCAUCUACCUCCACCACGAACUAACCACUCCUUCUCAGAGCCGCUGA